AUGAACAUCAGUCUUUCUAAUUUUGAUCUUAAAGUGCCGAGAUCCGCCAACAUAAAGAAGAAGAAGAAGAAGAAGAAGAAGAAGAAGAAGAAGAAGAAGAAGAAGAAGAAGAAGAAGAAGAAGAAGAAGAGAGAAGAAGAAGAAGAAGAAGAAGAAGAGAAAGAGUAA